AUCCUGCAGAAGCCGACCCACGAGCUCAAACAGCAGCUGGCAGGUUACUCCAAACGCGUGGCUACCAUCCAGGCAGCCGAGGCCAUGAAAGGGACGGAGUGGGUNNNNCCCGAAGCCCCCCCCUCCACCGCCGAGAGCGAGCGGCUGGGGGCGGCGGCUGCCAUUGAGGCUGCGGCCAAGAAGCUGGAGCAGCUGAAACCGAGGGCCAAACCCAAGCAAGCAGACGAGAGCCUGAACUUCGAGGAGCAGAUCCUGGAAGCUGCCAAAUCCAUUGCUGCAGCCACGAGUGCCCUGGUGAAGGCAGCCUCAGCAGCCCAGCGAGAAUUAGUGGCUCAAGGAAAGGUGGGCGCCAUCCCUGCCAACGCAGUGGAUGAUGGACAGUGGUCCCAGGGACUCAUUUCAGCCGCGCGCAUGGUGGCUGCUGCCACCAACAACCUGUGCGAAGCCGCCAACGCGGCGGUGCAGGGCCACGCCAGCGAGGAGAAGCUCAUCUCAUCCGCCAAGCAAGUGGCUGCCUCCACGGCCCAGCUCCUGGUUGCCUGCAAGGUGAAGGCUGACCACGACUCGGAGGCCAUGAAGCGGCUCCAG